UCCUUCAAGUCCAUUCACAGAAUAGGAAGGAGAUUUGACUCUCUGCGUGUAAAAGAGAGAGAGAGAGAGAGAGAUCGAGAUGAGGGAAGAGGUGGUGGUGAUAGUGGGAGCUGGGCAGUCCGGCUUGGCGACGGCGGCGUGCCUUACGGCGCUGUCGGUGCCGUGCCUCAUCCUCGAGCGCGACGACUGCGUCGGCUCCAUGUGGCGCAACCGCUGUUACGACCGCGUCGCUCUCCACCUCGCCAAGCAGUACAGCGAGCUGCCGCACGCGCCGCACCCGCCGUCGGCCCCGACGUACCUGCCGAAGCGGGACUUCAUACGCUACCUGGACGACUACGCGGCGCGGUUCCGCCUCCGGGUCAGCCUGCGCCGCAACGUGGAGUCGGCGGAGUACGACGAGGCGGCCCGGAGGUGGCGGGUCGUGGCGAGGAACGCAGAGGACGGCGCCGUGGAGGAGUACGCCGCGAGGUACCUGGUGGUGGCGAGUGGGGAGAACGACGAGGCGGCGGUGCCGGAGAUUCCGGGGCUGGAGGGCUUCCGCGGCCCGGUGGUGCACUCGAGCCAGUACCGGUCGGGUUCGGGGUAUCAAGGCAAUGCCGUGCUGGUGGUCGGUUGCGGGAACUCCGGCAUGGAGGUGGCGCUCGAUCUGGCCGAGCACGGCGCCCGGACCUUUAUUGUGGUGAGGAGCCAGCUUCACAUUGUAUCGAGGGAGAUAUGGUUCGUGGCAAUGUUUCUGAUGAAAUUUUUGCCAUGUCGUCUACUGGAUGCUCUUAUUCUCUGGUUAUGCUACUUCAAAUUUGGCAAUUUGUCAAAGUAUGGCUUACACAGACCGACAAAGGGACCAAUGUAUUUGAAGAAAUACACCCCUAUAUACCCUGUUGUGGACAUUGGCACAGUAACGAAGAUCAAGUCUGGAGAAAUCCAGGUUGUACCUUCAAUAAAGAGUAUUAAAGACAACCAUGUGACAUUUUCUGAUGGAAGGUUUCAGAACUUUGAUGCCAUAGUUCUUGCCACAGGCUACAGAAGCUCAGUGAAAAAAUGGCUCAAGAAUGAUGCUUGUCUCAUUGGAGAAGAUGGAAUGGCCAAGCAAAUGUUCCCCAACCAUUGGAAAGGGAAGAACAGAAUUUACUGUGCUGGGCUUGCAAGAAGAGGGAUUUAUGGCUCUGGGGAGGAUGCACAAAGUAUUGCUAAUGAUAUUGCAAGUGACUAUCAAUCUGGAAAAUAAUGUCUUACCUGAUUCUGAGAGUAAGAAAGAUGGAGUAAACUGAAAGGAUGUCAAGCUCAUGUAAAACAUUUACAUCUAUGUUGUCAGAUAAAUUAUUUAUUUUGCGCCA